UAAGAGAAAAUGAAUAUGACACUAAAGUUCCUUCUUCUGCUUCUAUUUGUUUUGAGUCAUCAUGCUGAAUCUGGCUCUAUCGUGAAGUUUCUUCCCGGUUUUGAAGGCCCUCUUCCUUUCGAACUCGAAACAGGGUACAUUGGUAUGGGUGAGAAAGAGGAAGAUCAACUGUUUUACUAUUUCAUCAAGUCAGAGAAUAAUCCAGAAGAAGACCCUCUUCUUCUUUGGUUAGAGGGAGCACCUGGAAGUUCUUCUCUGUCUGGUCUUCUUAUGGAGAUUGGCCCUUUGACUGUGAAAACCGAGCGUUACAAUGGAAGUGUGCCCUCUUUGGUAUCAACUACAUAUUCAUGGACAAAGAUGGCGAGCAUAAUAUUCUUGGAUCAGCCUGUUGGAUCUGGAUUCUCAUAUUCAUCAAAAACUCCACUUGAUAACUCUACUGACACGAUUGAAGUUAACAAAAUCCAUGAGUUUCUUCAAAAGUGGCUAAGCAAGCAUCCACAAUAUUUGUCGAAUCCAUUUUACGCUACUGGAAAUGCUUAUGCCGGUAUGAUUAUUCCUGCCCUCGUUGAGAAAAUCUCAAAAGAAAAUUAUAUAUGUUGCAAGCCUCCUAUAAAUCUACAGGGUUAUGUGAUCGGAAACCCGGUAACAGAUUAUGCAACUGAACGAAACUAUCGUGUUCAAUUUGCUCAUGGAAUGUCACUAAUCUCUGAUGAACUCUACGAGUCACUAAAGAGAGAAUGUAACGGAAAUUAUUUCAAUGUGGAUCCACCACGUAGCAAAAAAUGUUUGAAACUUGUUGAAGAAUUCAAUAAGUGUACUGACGACAUAAAUGCGUAUGAUAUAUUGCUACCAAAUUGCGAUGACCAAAUAGAUUCAGAAAAUAUGGAACCUGAUUGCUUUUAUUAUAAAUAUUAUCUCGAAGAACGUUGGGCCAACACAGAGAGCGUUCGCGAAGCUCUUCAUAUCAAAAAGUCUAAAUUUGGGGCAAUCUAUGAAUACAGGGGACCAGAGAAGAAUGGUUGCGCUUAA